GGCUCGGCUUGUUCCUCCCGUGGGUCUCACGCCGGUGUCCUUGGCCGCACGCCGCGUCGGUAUUCCCGCCCCCGCCCCAGGCUGAGGGCUUGUAGGCCCGAGGGCCCCGCCGACCUUCUGCGUCCGGUUAGCGGGUGCCUGCACUCGUUCUCCCUUCUGUGUGCAGGGGCCCGCGGGGACUCCGCGAUCCCGGGGCUGGGCGGGUCUCAGCCGGAGCUCCCCGAGCAGCGGAGAGAAGACCUUAAAGUGCGCGGAUAACCUUAUAAUACUGAGGAAGAGGCACAGAGCAUUCACUCAUCCAGUUCAACAUUUACUGAGGGCCUUCUAUGUGCUAGGCACUGUCCUAGGGGCUGGGGUAGAACAGCAAAAGAAAUCCUUACCGUCGUGGACGGUCUAUAAUGCCAUGGGGAGAAAGAUGUUAACAAAGCAAAUAGGUAAAAUGUAUAGGAUGCAUGGAGAAGAAUGCAGUUUAAACAAGGUCAAAGAAGGCCACCAUGAAAAAGUGACAGUUGAGUAAAGACCAGGAGGUGAGGGAUGAACCAUGUAGAUGUCAUCGCAAAAUUUGUUUAUGCAAAAGGAAGGGCAAAUGCAAGGUUUGGAAGGAGGAACUCAACUGGUGUGUUCAAAGGAAUUUUGAGGAGGGAGGAGGGCCGUGUCCCUGGAGAGCGUAAGCAAGGAGAAGAGCACUAGAUUAUGACAGGACAACCAUCACUUCAUGUGGCUUUUGGUUCUUGGCUUUUCCUUAAAAGGAGAAGUGCCCAGGAGAAGCAUGAUCUGGUUGCUGCACCACAGGUGAGAUAGGAUGGUAGCUUGGACCAGGACGGAAACAGUGAGGUGAUGAAAGUUGGGAGACAGUUGAUCCGAGGCCCAGCAGGCAUUGCUGCUGGAUUAGACUCAAGUGUGAGAGGGAGUGAAGUCAAGCCUGACUUCAGGUUUCUGGCCUGAGCGCUUCCAAAGAAGGAGGAACCACUUGCUGAGGAGGGGGCAGGGAGCAGGUUCAGAAAGAUAAGAGCUCAGGUUUGGCCAAGCAAGAUAUCCUGAGACAUCCAAUAAGUAUCCAGUUGGCAGCCGGAUGAUAGAGGGCCGGGAGUCCAGGGGAGCAGCUGGGUGGGAUGUGUACAUUUGGGCGUCACCAGCAUAAAGAUGGUAUUUGAAGCUGUGAUCCUGGGUGGGAGCACUAAGAGAUGAGCAUGGGUGGAGGAGAACUGAGACAGAUCUGGAUAAGAUCUGGAUAAGAGGCAAUGAGAACCCGGCAGAGGAGUAGAGGAGGGGUCAGGUGCUGAUGAUGGAGCAGGAAGAUGGCUGAGUACUGCCCUCCACCUGCCAGAGAACAAUGUGAAGUCUUUAGGGAUCUUGGCAAGAGCAGUUUCAGGGAAGCAGGGGGAGCAAAAUCUCAUGGGUCCAAGCAAAAGCAGGAGGACAGAAAUCAGGGUGAGUAGGGACAACAGUUUUGAGGAGAUAUGCUAUAAAGGGAAAGAAAAAAAGGAGUAGAGGGGCGAGGGAUCAAGAGAGGGUAUUGUUUGCUUUUAAGGUGGGGGAGACACCAGCUUGUUAGCUGAUGGGAAUGAUCCAGUGGAUGAUGGAGUUGGGGUGUGAAGGAGGUAAUCGAAGGUUGAGUCUCAGGAGAGCUCUGGUCACACUCAUUCUACUGGUUUGAGUCACCUGGGGCCCCCUCCCAGCUGCAAGCAUCCUUAAGGGUUGGAGGGACCCCCGGGGUGUUCUCUCCAGCUGCUGAACUCACCCAUUUGUUUGCAUACUCACUGAACAGCAAAGGGUUUGGAACCUUCCAGAAACAGGUGAGGGUGGCCAUCUCCAGGUCCUUGCUCUUGCUGUUUGCUCUGUCUAGAAUGCUCUUCCCUUAGUCCUUUGGAAAGCUGGCUCCUUGUAGUUUGGUCCUCAGCUUGAGACCCUGAGAGAGGUGCCCAAGCUAAAGGAAGCUCCUGCAAUGACCCCCGCCCAUAGCCUCUUAGUUGUAUUUCUUACACUCACCAGGAGCUGAUGGUACCUUGUUUCUCAUUUGUUUGCACUCUAUUGACUGUCUCCACACUAGAGUAGAAGCUGCACAAGGGUGGGGACUUUGAUUCUGGGGUACCCCCAGCACCAGAAGAGGGCCCGGCACAAAUGCGCCCCAGCGGCCUAGACAAUGCUGGCAAAACAACCAUCCUCAAGAAGUUCAACGGGGAAGACAUUGACACCAUUUCCCCGACACUAGGCUUCAACAUUAAGACCCUGGAACAUCGAGGAUUCAAGCUGAACAUCUGGGAUGUGGGAGGCCAGAAGUCCUUGCGGUCCUACUGGCGGAACUACUUUGAGAGCACCGAUGGCCUCAUCUGGGUGGUGGACAGCGCCGACCGCCAGCGCAUGCAGGACUGCCAGCGGGAGCUCCAGAGCUUGUUGGUGGAGGAGCGCCUGGCUGGAGCAACCCUCCUCAUCUUUGCCAACAAACAAGACCUGCCUGGAGCACUGUCCUCUAAUGCCAUCCGUGAGGCCCUGGACCUGGACUCCAUCCACAGCCACCAUUGGUGUAUCCAGGGCUGUAGUGCCGUCACUGGGGAGAACCUCCUGCCUGGCAUUGACUGGCUCCUGGAUGACAUUUCCAGCCGCAUCUUCACGGCCGACUGAACGACUCCAGAUGCCCCCCACCCCACCUUGCAGUCCAGCCCCCUACCCCCCGCCCUCAUCAAGCACCAUCCAUGGGGGAACGGGAGUCAGCCAGCCUGACAAACACCCCCCACCCCACUCUGUAACCUGCUGCUGCUGCUGCUAGUGCUGCCCACUGCUGCUCUGUGGCCAGCUGGCUCCCGUGGCUGGAGGGCUGCUUGCCCUGGCUGUCACCCUGGCUCCUGACCCAGCCCACCUGCAGCUGCCAUGCCAAGAGGAGAGGGCUGGGCCUAGGAGGGGAGUGGGGGGGUGGAGCUGCCUCUGCUGCUACCAAGGCUGUGGGCCUCAUCCUUUGCUCAGCUGUGAGAAUAAAUCCUUUCUUGCCCUCAA